AGGCUUGAUGGUUUGGGUCGAUUUGUGCUAAGAUUUUGUGAUCUUUCCAUGGUAAGACUAGGUCAGGAACGGUGAGAUGAAGAGCGGCGAGGCAGCUGGGUUGUGGAAUUGCGACUGCCUCGGCUGCUGCCACUUCUUGAGGAAGCUUCUGCCAUGGAGAUCUUGUGACUAUGAGUUCAAUGCGGAUGAAUGGCGAUGCUCUGACUGCGAGAGUGAAGAUGAAUCUGGGGUUGGAUUAUAUUCCAGGAGUUAUCAAACGCCGGUAGCUCUUUCAACCGCGUUCCAAAACUUCCGGAUACACGCCGGAACCUGGAACGUCGGCGGACGGAUUCCUCCAUCGUCUCUGGAUUUAAGUAGCUGGGUCUGCUCCCAGACACCGGCCGAUAUCUACGUCUUCGGCUUCCAAGAGAUUGUGCCUCUAAAUGUUGCAAAUGUGUUUGGAGUUGAGGAUGACACUCCAGCUGUAGUAUGGGAAACUUUGAUACGGCACACUCUGAAUCGUGGCUCUAGGAGAGCAUCAUGGACACAAGAGGAGGAGACAGCAUCAACACUUGGUUACGUUGGGGAGAAACAGCCUCUCAUCGCACCGCUCAUGUCUCCAGAUUUCUCCGAGGACAGCAAGUUUCCCGGACAGUAUGUCCGGAUUGCGAGCAAACAGAUGGUCGGACUUUUUAUCAGCGUUUGGAUCCGACGUGAGAUUCGUCACGUUGUCAGCAACGUCAAGGUUUCCUCCGUUGGUUGUGGAAUUUUUGGCUACCUUGGAAACAAGGGAUCCAUUUCGGUGAGCUUGUCCAUCCACCGAACAAGCUUCUGCUUCAUCUGUUCACAUUUGACUUCGGGAGACAGAGAAGAAGAUGACAAGCGCAGAAACACGGACGUGAGGGAGAUCUUGCGCAGGACUAGCUUUCCACGUUCUCUCAGAGUCUCGCAAACUCUACCCGAGACUAUUUUAGAGCACGAAAGGAUAAUCUGGCUUGGAGAUCUCAACUAUCGGGUUGCUCUCUCCAGCGACGAGACAAUGCGACUUAUUGGAAACCAGGACUAUUCUUCUCUUCUAGCGAAGGAUCAGCUCAAAGCACAGCAAGGAAAAGGUCGUGUUUUCGAAGGCUGGAAAGAAGGACACAUCAAAUUCGCCCCAACAUACAAGUACAUCCCCGAUUCCGAUGCCUAUACGAUGAACGGCGCGUCUGCGAAUGGAAGAACACGCGUUCCUGCAUGGUGUGACCGCAUUCUAUGGCUGGGAAAGGGGCUCGACCAGAUCGCCUACUUGCGCUCCGAGUACAGAAUCUCGGAUCAUCGGCCAGUGAGCGCAGUUUUUACAACGCAAGUUGAGUGUGCAGACAAGUAAGUUACUCAAGCAUUUCUUUGUGAGCCGUUUCGUCAGGCUUCCUCUUUCCACGACGAGAAUCUAGCUGCCUAAGAGAGGAUCAGGCCGCAGGAAAGGAAAAAGUGUAUGUAAAACUUUUUUCUUACCAGUGUAGAAGUAUCACUGGUCAUGAACAUGGAACACAAAAAAGUGAGAGCUUUUCUUUCGUGAGCUUCAAAGGUUCCAACUUAC